AUGUCGACAGAGUCUGAGACGACAAAGCGCUAUUCACAGCGCAAGCGCGUCACCAUAUCAUAUACAGAGGACCAUGAAUCUGAGGAGCUGGGUGGAAACAAUGAUGCUCUCAGCCAAGAAGAUGGCAACAGCGACGAUGACUUGAAACAGAGUGCCAGCAAGGACGUCCAGAACCUCCCAGAGAAAGCUCAGGUCUUCGAACAGCAACCGCCAGCCUUCCGCUUCAUGCUAACCUUCGUCAGGUAUCUGCCGGGCGAGAUUCGCAACAUGAUCUACAAGCUCGUCGUCCUAAACAAGAGCAGUCAAGUCAGCCUCGAGUCUGUGUCGUUGGUCAACAUCAGUAUCCGUCGCAGGCUUGCCGAGCGCACCUGCUUUAUUAAUUCUCUUAGGAACCUCAGACUUCUCCGGGUCUCCAAGAUCGUUUACCAGGAGGCUUCCAGUCUAAUGUAUGGCCAGAAGUUCUUUUUCAACCGGCUCGUGGCUCUGCAGACCUUCCUUCUCCACCUACGCCCACAGUCUAUGGUUUUCAUACGCGCGGUGGGGGUGGGCACCACGUCUUCCGAGUGGCAGCUCCUGCCUGGGGUCUCGGCACAGGUGGCCCAGCUGAAAUACCUAGAGAGUCUGUCUAUUUCUGGCCUCGACUAUACCAUUAGCGAGAAGAGCUUCGAUCGGUAUCUCAGGCAGACCAAUAGACCUAUCAGCGGCUGGCAGACCUCCAUCGAGUCCAUGGACAAGUAUAUCGGAACGAAGCUCGCGCGAGACACGUUCCCGUACAUAUUCCCAUUCUACGAGCAGGUUAUCCACGAACGAGGUGUUGAUGCGCUGGUCCAAAUCCUGAGCUUUCCUGCCUGGCAGCACGAGAUCUUCAAGGAGGGAGGCCGACGCCUCGGCAAGUUUGAGAGACUUAGGGAUGUGCCUGAUUCCGACGAGCGGAAGUCGAGAAGGGCCAAGAUUUUCGGCGACGAAGUUGUCUUUCUUCUGAGCCAGGACGUCUGA